UUAUAUUGGAGUACUCUUCGAUCGACCUAACUGAAGCAAAAGAGAGAAUUACGAUUUUCGUUUGAGUCCGUUCGUCGAUACAUCAUGGAGGGCAAGUUUGUUGCGGCGGUGCUGGCGGUGCUGUUGCUGACCACCGCCGGGAUGAUGGGCUCUGCCUCUGCGCGGCGGGACGAGAAGUUCACCAAAUGCUACAAUGAUUGCAUGAAGGACUGCGGCAAGAGCGGCAGCUUGGAAGUUUGUAUAUCGUAUUGCACGGAUAAGUGUACACCACAAUCUAGGCGUCGAUUCCACAGGCAACAGCCGCCGGCCGGCGACAUUAUUAAUCAAUAAACUAAGUUAUAGCUCAAUGGUCUUUUCUUAAGUACGUAUGUUGUUGUUUAACUUUGUCGAUUCAAAAAUAAAAAUAUAAAUGGAUCUCUCCUACGUGUUUUCCUUCUCUCUCUAUAUGAAACUGAUGGAAAUAGUUGUUUUUCAUAUUCUCCGGCGGGGGUGUGGUUUGGUUUCUCGGCGGCGGCGGCUGAUAUGAAUGACUGAUAAGGAACAUCCAGUGAUAGUAAUUCCAAACUUGAGAAUAACCUUUUCUGCUGCUUUUUAUUAUUAUUAUUUUCAGUGAUGCUAAUUAAUUCUAUGAUUUAUACAAAUAUACCUACCUUAAAAAUUAAAAUAUAUUAAAGGACUUUAC